AACUCGCAAAGUUGCAACCAACCAUCAAACAGAACACCCCUAAGUUUUUAAACUUCCUCUGUUUCUCUGUCUCCAAAAUAAAUCUUAUUCAAGUCCCACUCUGAAUCAGCCCACUGUUGGACUAUAUAAUCCUCCAUAGCCCCCCUCCUCCCUUUCAGAGCUUCACAGAGAGAGAGAGAGAGAGAGAGAGAUGGGAGCGUGCGCCACGAAGCCGAAGGUGUUGAAGUCCGACAAGCCCGCCGCCGAUGCUCCAGCCCCGGCACCGGAGGAGAUCGUGGCGGCGGGAGUGGACUCUAAGACCACGGCCGAGAUAAAGAAAGAGGAAGAGGUGGUGGUUGUGGCUGAAGCAGAGCAGCGUGAGAAGGAGGUGGUUGAUGCGGAAGGAGGCAACAAACCCCGUUCUUUGAGUCUCUUGCUCGACGAGGACAAUCAAAAUGCCAAAGCAGGAGGCGAGAUGACAUCCUCGGAGACGACGGAGCCGCUAGAGUCGUCGUCAUCAGAGCCCCAACCCAAAACAGAGGAAUCAGAGACCAAGCCACCUGAACCGCAGGAAUCAGCUAUUGAAGAGCAGCAACUGGCCCACGCCCUUGCUGCUGCUGCCGCCGAAGCUGCAGAAGUGGCUGAUAAAGGGAAAGCAAUCGAAUCUUCACCUGCUCCGGUGGCGGAAUUGGCUGAGAAGAAGACGGAAACGGCCGAAGCAAUUGCAAAAGAGGAAGCCAAAGAGUAAUCAUAAUGCAGGGCUGUUAUUAGUUUGACUGGUUUGCCGGAGCUCUUGGUCUUAAGCCUGUUGGUCCAUUGCUUGUUGUCAAAUAUUUUCCUUUAUUUUUCGGAUUGAUCAAUAGAAUUUGUUUUUAUUUUAUCAUGAGGAUGUUGGUAUUUUAUUUA